GAAGGGGCAUUCUCCCUGUGUUCCUUUUGAUUUUGAAUCAAAUUCCCGCCCACUCCCAUUUCACUUUCUUACUUCUAUUCUAAAUCAUAGCUCUGUUCUUCUAUCUGAAUCGAGCACUCAAAACGGCAGCCUGAUCUUACCGUUUUAUUCAAACCCGAACCCUAAUGAGAGAAAAUCCUUAAGCAACAUGAACCAUUUCCACAUCUACGAAGCCAUUGGCCGUGGCAAGUACUCGACUGUUUAUAAAGGGAGAAAGAAGAAGACUAUUGAAUAUUUUGCUGUUAAGAGUGUAGAUAAGUCUCAAAAGACCAAGGUUCUUCAGGAAGUCAGGAUUCUUCAUUCUUUAGAUAAUCCGAAUAUUUUAAAAUUUUGCUCAUGGUACGAAACUUCUGCUCACUUGUGGUUAGUUUUGGAAUACUGCGUUGGUGGAGAUCUCAUGACGCUAUUACGGCAGGACAGUAAGUUACCUGAAGACUCAAUUCAUGAUCUUGCCCGCGAUUUAGUUAGAGCUCUGCAGUAUUUACAUUCUAAGGGAAUCAUCUACUGUGAUUUAAAACCAUCAAACAUUCUCUUGGAUGAGAAUGGACGUAUUAAGCUAUGUGAUUUUGGGUUGGCAAGAAAAUUGAGUGAAAUAUCUAAAACUUCUUCUUCUAUGUUACCCCAAGCAAAACGUGGUACACCCUGUUAUAUGGCUCCAGAGCUCUUUGAGGACGGAGGUGUUCAUUCAUAUGCAUCUGAUUUCUGGGCUCUAGGUUGUGCACUUUAUGAGUGCUAUGCAGGAGUACCCCCAUUCGUGGGCAGAGAGUUCACACAGCUUGUGAAAUCUAUCCUUUCAGAUCCAACACCACCACUACCUGGAAAUCCAAGCCGUCCUUUUGCUAACCUAAUAAAUUCUCUUUUGGUGAAAGAUCCAGCUGAAAGAAUACAUUGGGAUGAGCUCUGUGGGCAUGCUUUCUGGAGAACUAAAUUUGCCACUGUUCCCUUACCUCUUCAACCUGCUUUUGAUGAUAUGAUAGAACUUCAUGCGAAGCCAUGUCUCAUAGAACUUAAUGGAGACAGAUCAUUACAAAAUAAAACCCCUCCUAAACAUCGUGAAAAAGAUGCAAAAGGGACUCCAAAGCAUGAUAAGGUAAUCAGGCAUGAGACACCAGUAAAGAGUACACCAAGUAGCCGAAAAAUUCAACCAAAGGCCAGUGGCAGAGUAGUUGAGGACAAACAGAGGGGUCCUUCUGGUGCUAAUAGGGGUGUCAAUCUCCUUAGGCUAUCGAGAAUAGCAAAAUCAAAUCUGCAGAAGGAAAAUGAGAAGGAAAAUUAUAGGAGGCCCAUGCCUAACAGCUCUGAAAAUGAUUCUGAGGUUAAAAUCGAGAACACGGAUAUGGAACUGGAUUUCAAUGAGAACACAGAAGAUGACACACAUGAUGAACCUGAUGGAUCUGAAACCCCUGGCUCCACAAUUAUACCUGAAGAGUCGGAUAGUAACCAACAUCAACUAGAAACCUCACCUAUGGUUAGCACACCCGCCACAGAUGAAUCAAGAACAAAUGAUCAGGACUCAUAUUUAGAGCAUGUUGACAUGGCAGCAAGUGCACUAAGUGCCAGUCCUCAGGUCAAAACUCAGAGAGCUAAAGAAGGCUCAGGGUCAGCCAGUGAAGCUGUCUCUUCAAAGUCAUCCAAUAAUCUUUCGGAGGUCCUUUGGCACCCAUCUGAUCUUUCUGUCAGACCCGUGAUGCCAAGCAGAAAAGCUGAUAAAGCAUUGGAAAUAGUUCAUUCUCUUCCAUUUGAGGCGCUGCAACCAUCUGAUUUUGUCAAAAUGUCUAAGGAACAGCUGGAUACAGUCAAUAGCAGAAUUAUAUCUGUUUUUAAUGGGAACACAAGUAUUGGUGAGAAGCAAAAUCUAAUUAGAUACCUAGAGAUGUUGAGUAGCCAAUCUGAUGCAGCUAAUAUUCUGACAAAUGGGCCAAUAAUGCUUAUACUUGUUAAAAUGCUCCGACUGUCCAAGACUUCCGCUUUGCGUGUUCAACUUGCUUCGCUAAUUGGCUUGUUGAUUCGCCAUUCUACUUUUAUCGAAGAUGAUUUGGCAAAUUCUGGAAUUUUAGGGUCCCUUACUGAUGGCCUCAGGGACAAGCUGGAAAAAGUUAGAAGAUUUUCAAUGGCUGCUUUAGGUGAGUUGCUGUUUUACAUUUCUACCCAGAGUGACCAGACUAGAGAAAACAAUCCGCAAGAAUCUCCAUCAAAGGAUAGCCGUUCUACAUGUGGUUGGCAGGUUCCAAACUCUUUGAUUUCAUUGGUCUCAUCUGUCCUACGUAAAGGGGAAGAUGAUAUAACUCAACUUUAUGCACUGCGGACAAUUGAAAAUAUUUGCAGUCAAGGGGAGCACUGGACAGCUCGUGUCACCAGCUCAGAUUUGAUCAAAAACCUGUGCUAUAUAUAUAGAGCAACAGGGAAACAAGAGAGCAUGAGGCUUUCUGCAGGAUCAUGUUUGGUUCGGUUGGCUCGGUUCAACCCCCCUACCAUCCAAUCUGUUAUAGAAAAGUUAUCUUUUAAAGAUAUAGCAUCUACUCUUAUUAAGGGCAGUCCCCGCGAGCAUCAAAUAAGUUUGAACCUCUUAAACAUGGCCAUGCUCGGAAGCCAUAUGAUCACUAAUAUUGGGCGCCAUCUUUUACCUUUGGCAGAGGAUAAAAAUCUGAUUGGGAGCCUUUUGUCUCUCACGGAACAUGGUAGUGAAAUUUUGAAGGGAAAGGCGCUGCUUUUUAUGGCUCUUCUUUGCAAGAAUGGUAGGAGAUGGCUACCACACUUCUUUUGCAAUCCAAGAUUACUUUCUGCAGUGGACAGGCUGGCAAAAGAGAAAGACAGCUACUUGCAGCAGUGCUUAGAUGCAUUUGUGCGAAUUGUGGCCUCUACUAUACCAAGCUUAUUGGAUGUCAUUACUACAGAUAUUCAGCAAUUGAUGGGAGGAAGGCGACAUGGUCAGAUCUCUGCUAAUACCAACCGGAUUGCGCUAAAGACAAACAUUCAUUUGUUUCCUGUCGUUCUUCAUCUUCUUGGAAGCUCCUCUUUUAAACGCAGAGUGGUGAAUAAUCAAGUUCUGCAGCAAUUGGCAAAUUUGAUCAAGGUUGUGGAAACAUCAUUUCAGGGAAGAGAUGACUUCCAGAUAACCCUUCUUCAAGUUGUUGAAUCGGUUGCAGAGGAGCCUGUCUUAAUUCUUGAAAGCCCUGAUAUCUUCAUUGGUGAAAUUCUUCCAAGUUUGGCUGUCCUAUACAAGGGCAAUAAGGAUGGUGAUGCCAGAUUUCUAUGCCUGAAAAUACUGUUUGAUGUGAUGAUCAUCUUAUUGAAUGAAACUUUUGAGAACGAGCAGAGAUCAGAAGCUUUGAAGUCAAUAUCUAAUAAUCAUUUCCUACCUCUCUACCCAGCACUGAUUGAAGAUGAAGAUCCCAUUCCCAUGUAUGCACAAAAGCUUCUUGUGAUGCUCAUCGAGUUUGAUUACAUCAAAAUUUCGGACAUUAUACAUCUGAAGACGGUCUCUCGAUGUUUUGAGUUAUUUCUGGGGGAUUUAUCAAGUGCCAAUGUAAAUAAUGUUAAGCUAUGCCUGGCUUUGGCAUCUGCUCCUGAAAUGGAAUCUAAGUUACUUACGCAGCUGAAAGUAGUCAGGAGGGUUGGAAACUUUUUGGAGUUUGUGUACGCAAAAGAUAUGGAAGAUUUUCUUGAGCCAACUCUCGGACUGUGUAGGGCCUUCCUUGUUUGUUCUGUUGGCAGUGAUAGAGGAUUAUCAUACAGACAAGAACCGGGACUCUUAAAUGAUGAUACUUCUUCUGAUCAUCAGUAUUGCGUAAGGGAUAUAAUGGACCUGGGUAGCAAUCUAGGUGUGUUGCUGGAGUUGAGUGGGUCCUCCGACUCAAAUGUUGCAGAUAUAGCUUCGGAAUGUGUAGUACUGUUGCUCAAGGCAGCUCCAAGGGAAGCUACAACUGGAUUCCUAACUAACCUUCCCAAGGUUAGUUCAAUCCUCGAGUCGGGUGGCGUGGCCCCCAUUGUUUUGCGGCGGAUGCUGCAUGGUCUCGGUUAUUCUUGCAGGCACUACCUGUUGCAUGCAAUGAUAUUGUCGAUAUCUGUAGCUGAUAUUUCAAGGGUUGAAGCUGCUGUUAUGGAACUCAAAGGUUCACCCCUAACUGAUUUAGCCAAUGCUGCUUUGACAGAGCUGCACCGCCUACCGCGCUGCAUUUAGAGAUUUUCACUGCUGAGAUGCAUCAAAGUUAAGUUUGAUCAUUGAAGGACAUGGAGAUCUUUUGUAAUGCAUUAUAUAGUAUAGAGCCUUACAAUUUGUACUUGUAUUUGUUGAACCUCAGAGGAAGGGUAAGUGGAAUUAAUUACUAUUAAGAUUUCUUUCAGCAAAUAAUUAAUUCCUAUUAUUUACUAUUUUUACUA